AUGGGUCUCCGGCCGGUGUACCAUGUCCUGGCAGGAACAAUGAUCGGUCUUCGAAUGAAUCCAAAUUCAAUUUCUAUACCGAUGAUUCGGAUUCUACAAACGGCACGAAUGCGACGUGCAGUUACCGAAGAAUCAAUGAAAUAUUCAUCAAGAUCACCAACACCAUGCAACUGGAGAUUAAAAACAACGAUACAUUGUUUUCGAGGGUGUAGAAAUCAUAAUAUUUGUGUAGUUUAUCAUUUAAUCAUUGAUGUUGACCGUUCAUCUACUCCACGAAGUGGCGCUUUUUAUUCUUAUCAAAAUGCCAACGUAUCACCACACCUUAUUGGAUAA